AUGGUUUUGGGCUCCUAUGUCGAAUUAUCGCACCCAGAUAACUCCAUACCAGUGAACCGGUUUGUAACUCCGCUUCAUAUCGUACCUGAAUGGUACUUUUUAGCAUAUUAUGCGGUGUUAAAAGUAAUCCCAUCCAAAACCGGUGGUUUGUUAGUAUUUAUGUCCUCUCUCAUUAACUUAGCUCUUUUAUCUGAAAUUCGAGCUUUGAAUACUCGAAUGUUGAUACGACAACAUUUUAUGACUCGAAAUGUAGUCAGUGGAUGGGUAAUUAUUUGGGUAUACAGUAUGAUCUUGAUUAUUAUUGGUAGUGCUAUUCCACAAGCGACUUAUAUCUUAUAUGGUAGAUUAGCUACUAUCGUAUAUCUUACUACCGGAUUGGUUCUAUGCUUAUACUAA